UUUAGUUCAACAAUAAUUUACUCUCAUUAUAUUCCUCAGAAAAAAGAGUUGCAAAAAUCUUUGUGCCAGAAAGAAUGUCAUGCCUCUUUAUACGCUGCUGAGAGUUUUCUUUUCUUUUGCUGCUCUACUUAUAAAGAAGAGUAGUUCACUGAUGUGUUUCUGUGUAAAAUAUUAGUAUUCUCUAAGUUCAAGAAGCUGUUAGUUGAUCUUCAUUUCUUUCGCAUCUUAUAGUUCUCGCACAUAUCAUGGAUUCUGCAAACUGGGUUUCUCUUGGGAUUUUCUUCCUCGUCGUUUCUUCAUUGGCAGAGAAAGCUCCAUACCCGUCCUUCGUUAAAGAUGCGACCUCAGCUCCACCACUAGACUACUACGACUACAUUAUCAUCGGCGGCGGAACAGCCGGUUGCUCGCUGUCGGCGACGCUCUCCACCGGCGCAAAGGUGCUCCUCCUCGAGAGGGGAGGCCUCCCCUACGACAACCCCAACGUCACCCAGAUCACGGGCUUCAUCAAAUCACUAGCCGACACGUCGCCCACCUCGGCCGCCCAGCUGUUCGUCUCCACGGACGGCGUGUUCAACCACCGCGCCCGCGUGCUGGGCGGCGGCUCCGCCAUCAACGCCGGGUUCUACACGCGCGCCAGCGGCGACUACGUAAAUGAGGUCGGGUGGGACCCGCGGCUGGUGAACGAGUCGUACGAGUGGGUGGAGCGGAAGGUGGCGCACCGGCCGCAGAUACUGCAGUGGCAGGCGGCGGUGAGGGACGGCCUGCUCGACGCCGGCGUCACCCCCGACAACGGCGUCACGUACGAGCAUCUGCGUGGGACCAAAGUUGGGGGCUCCAUCUUUGAUGAGAAUGGGAUUAGGCACACCGCUGCCGAUUUAUUAGAGUAUGCUCAUCCUCCCUUGAUCACUGUUUAUUUGCACGCCACGGUCCACCGAAUCUUGUUCAGGACCGCACCAGGGCGAAGGCCCAAGGCAAAUGGAGUUUUGUUCAAAGACUCAAACGGGCGUAACCACAGAGCAUACUUGAGCAGUGGAGGCGCGAGUGAGGUAAUUCUAUCAGCUGGCGCAAUGGGCAGCCCGCAGCUUCUGAUGUUGAGUGGCAUUGGGCCGGGCCCGGAGCUACGGGCCCGAGGGAUAAACGUAGUAAUGGAGCAAGCAUUUGUGGGGCAGGGGAUGUCCGAUAAUCCAAUGAAUGCCUUGCUCAUACCUUCCCUUCGGCCCGUCGAGAUCUCCCUCGUUCAAGUCGUCGGCAUUUCUGAUGUAGGCAGCUACAUCGAAGCUGCCAGUGGAUUUGUCGAGCUCUCUUCGAUUUAUGACUUCGUUCAAGACUACACCAAUGUCGCAAACCAGACCGUAGAGCCCUUCAUAUUCCCCACGAAUCAAACCAUGCAAGAGAUCUUGCAAGGAUCGAAAGCAAAUCAAGGGCAGAACGGUAAAGUUGCGAUAGUGUUGCAGAAAAUAAUGGGGCCAUUCUCAAGCGGGUACAUGGAGCUGGAGAGCAGGGACCCAAAUUCGAACCCGAGAGUGACGUUCAACUACUUCGAGGACGCAAGGGACGUGGCGAGGUGCGUGGAAGGCAUGGAGAUCUUGAGGAAGGUGGUCCAAUCGCGGGCGGUGUCGGAGUUCCUCUACCCCUUCACCUCAUUCGAGUCCCUGCAGAGGUUCAUGCUGUCUGUGCCCAUCAACUUACGAGGGAAACACGCAGCCUCUACCUACUCCAUGGAGCAGUACUGCAGGGACACCGUCAUGACCCUGUGGCACUACCACGGGGGCUGCCAGGUUGGCCGCGUCGUUGACGGCGAUUACCGCGUCAUCGGGGUCGAUUCCUUGCGCGUCAUCGACGGCUCUACAUUUUAUUUCUCGCCGGGGACCAACCCUCAGGCCACAGUUAUGAUGCUUGGAAGGUAUAUGGGACAGAUAAUUCUGGAAGACAGAAAUCCUCAAAAAGAGAAUUAGGUAUUAGAUGUUAGUUUGAUUUAAUUCUGCUCAAAAUGCAAUGCGAGUUGUGGUGUUUUCAUUUUCCGAUAGUAUUUUGUUUUAAAUAAUUACUAGCGAUGUUUUGGAGUUAGUUUGCAAGGUUCCGCCCAAUUGAGUGAUUGAGUUGUGAGUUCCUUGGGUU